AUGGCGAAACGCGAGGGCGCGGAUGCGAUGAUGUUUGAAUUCAAACGCGAUGGACGCGUGGACGGAAGAGACGCGCCGGCGCCGAACGACGCGGAGACGAGCGGGGAGGACGACGCGCGUGAGGUGGUGUACGAACAGUACGCGCCCACGCACGGGGGGGUGGAGGGUGGACCGCAUCCGGACCCGGUGGUGGAGACGGGAACGCUGGCAAAGGUGCGACCGCCCGAGCCGCGGUACGCGCACGCGAUUGGUGACGUGUGCGCCAAGGGGGGAUUGAGCGCGCUGCAGAUGGAGAGCGUGUUGUACGCGUGCAUGCGAUACGAACAGCGAUUGCCGGGUGCGCGGGGGGAGCGAGCGGGGUUUUUUUUGGGCGACGGCGCGGGCGUGGGGAAGGGACGGCAAAUCGCGGGACUGGUGUACGAACACAGGCGUCGGGGAGGUCGCAGGGUGCUCUGGGUGUCCACGAGCGCGGAUUUGAAGUACGACGCCGAUCGAGAUCUGAAAGAUUUGAAGGUGGAACCGGAGAUCGACGUCGUGCCGAGGGGCACGAGCGGGGUGCCGCGAAACGCGCUGGAGGAUACCAUCGACGCGGGCGUCGUGUUCAGCACGUACGCGCUGCUUCAGCAGGGCUCGCCCAGCGUGACGAACGCGACGACGAAGAACGACGAAGGUUUACUCGCCAUGAUUAGCACGGGGAGUCGUUUGGAGCAGUUUGUGAACUGGCUCAAGGAGGACGCGUACGGACCGCUCAUCAUCUUUGACGAGUGUCACAAGGCGAAAAAUUUGUACACCACAAACGGUAAACCGACGAAAACAGCGGUGGCCGUGGUGGCGCUGCAGUACGCGAUCCCAGAUGCGCGUGUUCUGUACUGCUCCGCCACCGGCGCGAGCGAACCGAGAAAUUUGGCGUACAUGACGCGCCUCGGGCACUUCGGAUGGAGAGACAUGCAAGAUAUGUUGACCAAGCUCGAUCAAGCGGGUCUGGGUGCGCUGGAGAUGUUCGCGUGCGGUCUCAAGGCGACGGGAAGCUACCUCUGUCGCACGCUGUCGUACGAAAAAGCUGAGUUUGAGCUCGUGAACUGUCCUCUCAGUGACGACUUGAAACUGAUGUACGAUCGCAGUACUCAGUUUUGGACGAUGAUGAAGAAGAUUUUCACGGCGUGCGCUAAACUGCGCGGUCACGGGUCGAAGAAAUGGUGCGAUGACAACUCCAAAUCCAUGGCUGCGUUGAAUCGCUUGUUUUGGGCGACCCACCAACGAUUCUUUCGACAGAUGUUACUAUGCUGUAAAGUGCCGCGUUUGGCUGAGCUUGCUAGAAAAGCCGUGUUGCACGAAGAUCUCGCCGUCGUCAUCGGACUCCAGAGCACGGGCGAGGCCAGUCUCGCUCGAGUUAGUUCCGAUGACGAAGAAGGGUUGGACGACUUCAUGAGCUCUCCGGCUGAAAUGCUGUCAAACUUCUUAAAAUCAAACUUUCCGACGAACUCGUGCAGGGCGUCUGCGGAAGGGCGUCGACUUUGGGACACUGUGUUGGCAGACAUCGUGCGUGUCGUGAACACCUGGUGCUCGCAAGAGACCAUUCUUGAGGUCUUGGGACGCGACGCCGCCCGCGUGAACGCUCGCGCUGUGGCGGACAACGCGAACGGCGACGGCGCGUCUUCGGAUAGCGAUAUUGAGCUCGCGGCGGAGAAGAGUCUUGAUGAGGUGCUCGCUGAGCGACUCGAAGCGGCAAAGCGCGUUGGAAAUUUUCUCGAUCUGACUGAUGAAGAUAUCGAGAUACGUGCGUAUCGAGGUGUCGGCGAAGCUCAGGUUGCUGAACUCGAGCGAAUGGAGGAAGUCAAUCGAGCCAACGAAGAGAAAAGACGGCAGACCAGACUUGACGAGGAGCGUCGCUUGGCAGAGAGGAACCGUCAGCGUGUCGAUGUUGCGGUUGCGCGCAUCGUAAGUGAUGAAAGUGUGCCUCAGAUUGCGCCUCGAGCGCGCGAUUGUAUCAUCGACAACGAACAGCCCGCGCGACGUAAUUCGCCUUCGAAUUCAGGAUCGAAACGAGAGUCGCCGAGUUCACAAGUGCCAGAUUCGUCAAACACUAGGCGAAAGGUCGAAGAUCGUCCAGAAGUAUUGGAUCUUACGCUCUCGGAUGAUAGUGAUGAUGAUGAUGAUGAUAGCGACGUCAACAACGACUACGCCCGAAGUGUGCAGAAACGCCGCGAAGAGUACGAGCGAAAUCGCAUGAUUAUUGACGGCGAAAAUGGUGUUCCAGCGCCCGCGGGACAAGCUGGAAAUGCGGCUGCUGCGGGCAACGCGUCUGGCAUUCCAGUUCCUGCGAGACCGGUCGCCGCCAGAGAUCCGCCAAAACCUGUUGUCAAUGCGGUCGAUGCGCUCGAACGUCUGCGCCGUUUCGCUCCAGCCGUGAGAGCUGCCCCUCUGGGCGUAAAGGCCGAGGGAGUUCCUCGCGCAGUGGCUCCUCGAGCUCCUCGAGCUGCCGUUCCUAGACAUGUUGCUCGCGCACAAUUCUACGAUGACUCGAGUGAGAACGGCGAAGCUGAUAAUAACAUGUCAUCUGGUGACGAUGGCAAUGAUGACGUAGAUGAUAAUCCUGACGACGACGUGGAAAAUCCGCAUCUCGUUCAUAUCAAAGAGCUCAUGCUAAGGGCGGUUGAUGCGCUUCAACUUCCGCCGAAUCCGCUCGAUAAUCUCAUCACACUUUGCGGAGGACCCGCGCACGUCGCGGAAAUGACUGGGAGAAAGCUGCAUCAAGUACGAGACCAGGACGGAAAGGUUAGGACGAAGAAGCGCAGGGACGAUGACAUAACGAAUGCAAAGUUGCUGAACAUCACGGAGAAGAUGAAAUUCCAGAAUGGCGAGAAGUUGAUUGCGAUAAUUUCUGACGCAGCGAGCACUGGCAUCUCUCUUCAGGCUGAUAAGCGAGUGGAAAAUCAACGAAGACGGUGUCACAUGACGCUUGAACUGCCAUGGAGCGCCGAUAAAGCGAUCCAGCAGUUCGGUCGAUCACAUCGCUCGAAUCAAUCGAGCGCACCGCUCUACCGCAUUCUUAUGACGCCCUGCGGUGGCGAACGUCGCUUCGCAUCGAGCGCUGCAAAACGCCUUCUUUCACUCGGGGCUUUACUCAAGGGUGACCGCAACGCGCUAGGCGCGGGUGAAGGUUUGCAGGCGUUCGAUAUCGACAAUCAGUAUGGCUCGAAAGCCAUGAAGCGCGUGAUCACGGACAUCUUGGACCGAAGCGAUCCCAUGCCGACGGUGAAGUUUGAAGGCGCUGAGUUGGCCGCCGCCAUUAACAUCAUCAAAGAAGAGUUCCGAAAUGUUGGAAUCGCCGAUUACGAUGAUUAUGGAAAUUUCACGAUGGCCAAACAGUACGACACAAAAUUGAAGACGUCGUUGUUCCUCAACCGACUCCUCGGAAUGCCUGUCAACGCGCAAAAGGUGGUGUUUGAUUAUUUCACUCAAACCUUUGAAGGAAUCGUCAAGGAGUACAAGCAAAAUGGCACGUAUGAUCGUGGAGUGAUCGAUAUCACCGGUCAAAGCGUCGUCGCAAAGGUCGAGCAUAACCGCGUAAUCCACAAGUGCGAAAUGUCUGGAGCGGAAACGCGCGUGCGCCUGGUUCAAAAUGACGACGGCGUUUCGUUUCGCCACGCAUGUGCGCUUAAGCGCGAAUUCGAUGAUACUCGAGCGAACGUGUUUGCGGGGUCGAGACAACGCGGGAUUGCUGGUUUCUACAUCGCGACAAACCGUACUGCCGCGAAAACGAAUCGCCCGUUCGUCAUGUUUGCGAAAGAAGUUCGGAAUUUCGGUGAGGAGACGUUGUUCAGUAUUCGAAACCCGCAGAUGUUGUUGACGCGUCCAAACAAGCUGAACGUAUCCAAGAUGUCUCUCGAGCAUAUCAAAAGUAACUACACACUCAUCGAGCCCACAGACGUUUUGGGCAUGCUUCGUGUGCGCGAACUUUGGCAUUUCUGGUACGAGUUCUUCUCGAAACACUGCGUUCACGGCAAGGGGUGUCCGCAACGAAGAGUCCACGGAUGCAAUGACGGGAUGAGACAUGAGAACACCUUGCUUAUUUGUGGCGCCGUUUUACCGGUGUGGAGCACGCUUAAUACCAAGUUCAAGUCGGUCAUAGAAAACGGACACGGCGUCAAGGUGGAGAAACACCUGCAAGUCUGUCGCGCCGAGACGACAUUGGGCGAAAAAUUUGUCGGUCUCAAGUUGACGAAUCACGUGAACGAAUCGGAUUACCAUGAUUACGUCGGGUCGCUCGAGAUGGACAUCGCGAACCGUCUCGAUGCUGGUAUCGAACCCGGAGGACGCGAUGACGCCGAUGCUCGGUACGCGGGAUAUUCGUCGGACGAAUAUUACUGA